AAAAACGUAUAAAACUAGGGGUUACACUCUGUAAGUCAUAGUCACAAUUGCACUCAGCCAAUUAAGAUCUGAACAUCAUGCGCUCGUUGAUCCUUGCCGUCGUUGUCCUGGCCGGAGUCCUGGCCUGCACUAAUGCAUCUCCCCAGUUCAAUCGCAGAGACUUGGCCUUUUUGGAAACCCUUCUGGCCGAAGCUGCCAAAAUUAACUCUACAAUUCGCUUCGGCAACAACACCAUUAUAGCUUCUGGAAUUGCCAAUGCCGUGGCCAACAGCAAUGACGGAACCAUCAGGCCAACUCCACCAGAAAAUCAAUGGGGCAACAAUAACAAUAACUACAACUAUAACUACAGGUAUCCCUACUACUACGGUGGAUACUGGCGUAUGGUGGACAGUGCGAACGGUAAGAUCGUCGAGGAUCUGGAUAUCAGCCAAGGGGAAUCGCAUGAGGAGAGCCAUGAAAUGAGUGAUCCGGAAUCUGGAGAGGAUAUCUGGAGCGAGGAGGAUGAGACUGAGGAAGAUGACGAUGAGGAAGAUGAUGAAGACAUUCAUCUGGAGAAUGCCAAUGAACAGGGAGAUGAAAGCCAGGAAGAGGCUGACGAGGAGGAGGAUCUUUUGGAGAAAGCGGCUGAUUUGGAAUUAGAUGCUCUGGAAAAAGAGAUCAACGAAAAGGCCACCAACUAAAAACAUAAUCUAAAAACAUAAUCUAGAAAAAUCAA